AUGACGUCAAAUGAAACGUUCCAUGACAUCAACGAAAUGCAACGUUGUGCUACGUUAUGCUCGAGCUUGGCUCGAAUUGCGGAGAUGCUAGAUAGCUGCCUCUGUCCAGCGAUGGACGUGAAAUGCGAUGAGCAAAAGGAUCAGAUGCAACAGCUGGUGGAAGAGGUGCUGCAGAAGCAGCACAAUGCUCUCCUCCUACGGCUUGAGCUGUGGCUCUCCAAGCUGGACGAGCAGCUCCCGCAGCUCCCACCGAAGACAGUUACAGAGUGGACCCGUCAGGUCACACCAGCGGUGAGCAACCGCAUCUCCGGCUCGUCCGCCCGGGGGCGCAGGCGCUCGGAAACGGCUGAGGAGGACAAAGGCGAGGAGAAGCCCCUCAGGAGGUCCAUCCAUUCCGAAGACUACGAACUGGCUCAGUCCGAGGCGGACCGAAUCGAGUCCAUGAAGAAUUUAGCCAUGGCCUCCCGCCAGACCUCCAAGACCAGGACCAGGCUUCAGUCUUGGGCCAGAAGGACACAACAGCGAGCUGCAAGGAUGGCAAGCUCACUGGCCUUCAACAUCUUCUUCAGCAUGGUCAUUGUCUCCAAUUCCGUGUUCUUGGGCCUCCAGUUGGAGUGGAGUGCCCGGCAGGUGGACCAGCUGGUGGAACCGGUGUUUCUUGCCGGACACCUGAUUUACGCGUCCUUGUUCUCGGUGGAGAUGCUGAUCCGCUUAGUGGCCUCCGGGCCGAAGACCUACUUGUUCGGUCACAGCUGUGCCUGGAAUUGGCUGGACAUCUUUGUCGUGGUUCCGGCUUGGAUCGAGAUAACAAUGGAUGUCAUGUCCGCCAACGCGACGGACGCAGGGACUGGGGCCAGCAACUUCCGCAUCAUCCGGGUCUUCAAGCUCACGAGGCUGCUGCAAGUGCUUCGAUCCGUGCGGAUAGUUCGCUUUGUCAGCGCCUUUCGCGCAUUGGUCUACUCUGUCAUCGACACGACGCGGCAGCUGCUUUGGGCCAUGGUCCUUUUGAUGUUGAUCAUCUACAGCUUCGGCAUUCUCUUUACAGACGCGGUCCUCUACCAUUUGUUCUGGUCCGGUGAGGCCGACGAGGGGCAUCUGAAAAUGUAUUUCGGAAGCGUCAUGAGCUCCUGCAACACGCUCUUCCGCGCACUGAUGAACGGCUUUGACUGGAGUGUAGCAGCCGAUGCUCUCCUACCUCUGGGCGAUUUUUGGGUACAACUGUUUCAUUUAUACAUUGCCUUUUGUGGACUGGCGGUGCUCAAUGUCAUCACAGGCGUAUUUGUGAACAGUGCCAUCAAGACUCGUGAAAAAGAUCACGAAACGUUAAUGCAAAACAUGUACAAGCUCAAAGAUCUAGUGGGAGACCUGUGGAAGAAGCUGGACAAGGCUGGGGCAGGUAAGAUCACCAUCACCGAAUUCGAGCGCAUGUUUGAGGAGGAGGACAUGAGAGCCUUCUUCGGUGCCAUCGAAAUGAAUGCCAUGGAUGCCUGGACGCUCUUCGACAGCCUGGAUGCCGACGGCGACCACUUGAUCAGCUUCGAGGAGUUCAAGGAGCGUUGCUUGCAGCUCCACGGGCCAGCCAGAUCAGUGGACCUCUUUGCUUUGAAGCAGCAGAACAACAAGCUGUGGGAGGAGCUCAUGGCUUUGCAGCAAGGCACUCAGCAAGUCUCCGAGCUGUUGGUGUCGCUGGGCACGGUAGUGUCCGGCACACUUGGCGGCCCUGGCGGGAUGGAGUCCGUAGAGCUGAAGUGGCCUGAAACGCCUCGAGAGGACAGGUGA